AUGACUAUUGCACUUCGGAUCCUACAAUACGGCGUACCUAUUGAUGAUGUAGAUGAGUACAUCAGAAUCGACGAAACUACGGCAAUUGUGGCCUUGAAUUUCUUUACCAGAACAAUUGUUGCUAUCUAUGAAGGCGUUUACUUAAAAUCCCCAAAUGAGUCAGAUGUCGCCAGACUAUUGUCGCCUUUAUUUUCUAAAUUAACUAGAGGACGUGAUCCUGUUGCCAACUAUACCAUCAAUAAUCACGCAUACACCAUGGGAUAUUAUCUUGUUGAUGGUAUCUAUCCUCAUUGCACAACAAUUAUGAAAACAAUAUCUCAACCUCAAGGUUUAAAGAGACAACUAUUUGCAAGGAUACAAGAGGCAUUUCGAAGGGAUAUCAAAAGGGCAUUUGGAGUGCUCCGAGCACGUUUCAAUAUUUUUAGAGUUCCGGCGAGAGGUUGGAAUGAUGAGAAUCUUUACUACAUCAUGAAAACGUGCAUUAUUUUGCACAAUACAAUCAUUGAAAAUGAGCGUAAUAUUCCAGAAAAUAAAAGCAGUGCAACACUACUAGAAACUGAUAUCACUAAUACCCUAUGUCAAGUGUUACGCAAUCUAUAG